GUUCAAAGGACAACUGUGAACUGNUUGGUGAGAAUUAACAGCAGGACACGUAAUAAUCUAUUUUACAUGAAUAAUUAUUUUUAAUUGUAUAAUAAUUAAAAAAUGGCGUCAGCAGUGUGCUUUCUGUGUCAGGCAGACGUAACGAGUGGAACUAUGCUGAGUAAAAGGAGAAAAAUCCCUGGGCCAGCGUCAGAUUUAGCUUCAAAUAUUUUAGAUGAACUCUCUCAGAAAUUUUACCAUGAAAAAGUGUCCUCUACGUGUCAGGAGAGUGAAGAGACCACAUUCAUCUGUCACAAAUGUAGAAAAAAGGCAGAAGAUUUGAAGAUGUUAAGGAAGAAGGUGGAAGAAACUGAAACUGAAUUGAUGAAUCUGAUUGGCAAUGUCCUGGGAGUAGGAGUAAGACAUAGUGAGGCUGAGACUCCGCCACCAAAGAAAAGAAAGUCAUCUCAUGAUGUUGAAGUACCACCUAAUCUGGAACAAGAUGAACUUGUUACUGUUAAAGUUCACUACCCAUCUGGUACAAAGUCGUAUGAUAUCGAAUCACCCUUUUCGAAAGAGAAUGUAAAACGAUUGGCACGUAGAAGCUUGAAUUCAUUUUCAUCCUCUGUUGCAACAUCGUCACAUACCUCAGAUUUGAUUGUCAAUGAAGUGGCUAAAUCAGUUGUAAAAGAAACAAAGUCAAUUUGUUCAAACAACCAUGAUUCUAUUCUUCGUGACAGUUGUGAAGGUGUUAAGUUUUUUAGCUGGGACACCGUUUAUAUUGAAUUAGCUCGAAUGAUGCCAACUUUGAUGAAACUGCUAAACACAAUAAUCCAGAGUAAGGAUUCAGACAAGAAGGUUAUGGUGUGCCUCAUCAUAAGUAUGGUAUUGAAAUCUAGAGUUAGACAGAUGUCACUAGUUCAGAGAGCAAUUUCUAUUUUGCUAUAUGGCAAUGGGUGUUCAAAAGAGUGCUUCAAUUGCUUGCAACCUUUAAUGGUAACUUUAUCACACACUGGCACUCUAAAACUUAUUGAACGUCUCUCCGAGGGUCAUGACAUGAAUGUUCAGUAUUGGUCUGAUGAAUUACUUAGUAAUCUAAAGAGAGCCACCUGA